AUGGUCCACAAGACGAGACUCUACAAUUGGUAUAUUUGCCUGGUGGCGGCCGGGUGCAUGGUGUUGAUGGGCUACGAUGCCUCCGUUUUCAACUCCGUACAGAAUUCCGAUAAUUGGCAUGCUUAUUUUGACAAUCCCGACAGUUACAUGCUUGGCUUAAUGAACACAGUGUAUACAAUUGGUGGUAUCAUUACAGGCUGGUUCUUCGCUGGUCCAUUAGCUGAUUACAUGGGUCGUCGCUGGGCAAUGGGCAUUGGAUGCUUCAUUACGAUUAUUGCCACAUUCCUGCAAUGUUUUCCUCCCGCAAAUAACGCAGUUCCAGUUUUCAUGGCCGGUCGUGUUCUUAUCGGGUGUGGACAAGCCUUGGCUAUCGCUGCCGGUCCCAUCUAUAUCGGGGAGGUCACACCCUCCUAUAUCCGUGGUCUGGUUAUGGCCUUUUGGCAGAUGUUCUACUCAGUCGGUUCGUUUGUCGCCUACUGGGUCAACUACGCAGCAGGGAAGCACCGGGACACACUGGGUGAUUGGGAUUGGAAAAUGGUCGUCAUCUUCCAGUUACUACUUCCAACCAUCAUCAUCUGCCAACUUCCCUUCAUGCCUGAGUCUCCUCGCUGGCUUGUCCAACGGAAGCGCGAUGUAGAAGGCGCUCGACAGGUUCUCCAGCAGGUCCGGGAUACAGAUGAGGAGAUCGACAAUGAACUUGCUACCAUUCGGGAAGCCAUUCAAUAUGAACGGGAGGCUCUUGACAGCGGCAAGAAAGCCUACAUGACACUACUAAAGGAUGCUAGUGUCCGCAAGCGCCUUCUCCUCACCUUUGCACUAAACAUUGGCCAGCAGCUGACCGGCCAAGGCACGUUCAACUCAUACUCGUCGACUAUCUACCAGAAGAUCUGGACGAAUGGCGAUACUAUCAACCUCAUCAAUGCGCUUAAUGCAACAUUCGGUAUCCUCUUCACGCUCAAUGCUACCUGGACUGUCGACCGCUUUGGCCGCAAAUUCCUCCUCGUCGUCGGUGCUACCGGUAUGGCCGUCUGCAUGCUCAUCACAGCCCUCGUUGGUCUGGAAACUCCCACCACACCGGAAGGCGCAAAGACUGAACCCGUUGGCAUCGCUAUUGUCUUCCUCAUGUUCCUCUUCGCGUUCUUCUACAAGCCAUCCUGGGGCGCAACCGUGUGGAUCUACACAGCAGAGGUGUUUCCUAUGAAUGUGCGAGCCCAGGCAGUUGGUAUGUGCUCGCAGAUGCAGGGUGUUGCGAACACAAUCUUCCAACAAUUCUUCCCAAUCUUCUACGAGAAAGAAGGACUAAAAUCAUUCUUCUUCUUCAUGGCGUGCAACGUCCUUUUAGCAGUAUUUGUAUGGUUCCUUAUUCCUGAAACAAAAAAAGUGCCUCUCGAAGAAAUGGAUACACUCUUUGGGGGUACGAGUCACGUGCAGAGAGGUGCUGCUAUGCUACACGAGCAGAAGCUGGAACGUGAGGAUGUUGAGCAAGCGAACGAGGGUAAAGAGAAUGUCGAACUUGCCGCUACUGAGCAGACGUUUGCCAGGGUGUAA